ACAAAUAAAAAUGAAAAUUAAAAUAUUUCCGCUGACAGCGGAUGUAACGUUGGCGCAGCGCCGGCGCCGCGUAAUGAAACUGCAGCGGAAACAUAAAAUGCCGGAAAUAUGCUCAUGGCUAAUUGUUGCCGCUGCCGCCGCCUCGGCCACUUGGCUGACCUUCUCCCGGUCCCUGGCCGCCGCCCAGGAUGACGACGACAGCGAAAUGCAUCAGCAUCACAUGGAUCUGUUGCACCAUCAGCAACAGCACUCGGAUUUCAUUAUUGGCGAAUCCGAGGAACGGGAUCACAUAGCGCAUCAUUUGGCGGAAAUGCAAAAUCACGAGGAGCUGCUGGAAGACAUACGCGAGGACACGGUCGUCAAUGUAAUACCAGAGAAAGAUCUGCCCAAGUUUGGAGAACUCCUACAGAAUGUCACCGUGCCGGUCGGUCGAGAGGCUGUGCUCCAAUGUGUUGUCGACAAUCUGCAAACCUAUAAGAUUGCGUGGCUACGUGUCGAUACACAAACGAUUUUAACGAUACAAAAUCACGUCAUAACCAAAAAUCAUCGCAUGAGCAUUACUCAUGCCGAGAAACGUGCUUGGAUAUUGCGUAUACGUGAUGUUAAGGAGUCCGACAAAGGAUGGUACAUGUGCCAAAUAAACACGGAUCCGAUGAAAAGUCAAGUCGGCUAUUUGGAUGUUGUCGUGCCGCCAGACAUACUGGACUAUCCCACCAGCACCGAUAUGGUCAUACGCGAGGGCUCAAACGUAACCCUAAAAUGUGCUGCAACCGGUUCGCCAACGCCGACGAUAACCUGGCGACGCGAAGGUGGCGAACUGAUACCCCUGCCCAAUGGAGCCGAGGCCAUCGCAUACAAUGGCUCGUUUCUGACCAUUGGCAAAGUGAAUCGCUUGAAUAUGGGCGCCUAUCUCUGCAUUGCCUCCAAUGGCAUCCCGCCAACAGUCAGCAAACGUGUCAUGCUCAUUGUGCAUUUUCCGCCCAUGAUUUGGAUACAGAAUCAAUUAGUUGGCGCUGCUUUGGCACAAAAUAUUUCACUGGAAUGCCAAUCGGAAGCGUAUCCCAAGUCCAUUAAUUAUUGGAUGAAGAAUGAUACAAUUAUCGUGCCGGGUGAACGCUUUGUGCCGGAAACCUUUGAAUCGGGUUAUAAAAUAACCAUGCGUCUAACCAUCUACGACGUUGACAUUUCAGACUUUGGAGCCUAUCGCUGUGUGGCCAAGAACUCGCUGGGCGACACAGAUGGUGCGAUCAAGCUGUAUCACAUUCCACAAACAACAACAAUAACGACUAUGGCGCCAACUGUUUCGAUUAACACGGUGCCCGUUGUUAUAGUCAAAUACAACAAGGAGCAACGUUAUAGCAGCAACAGCAAUGCGAACAGCAAUAAUCCCUACAACCACAACAAUCAGCUGGGCAACAACAAAUCGCAGCGGACCAAGGCCAAGUCCUUGGAUCAGCCGCCGCCUGCCACAUUGAACAACGUUUAUAUGGGCGCCACGUCGAGCUUGUGGAACACACAGGAUCAUCACUCGCCGGGCACACCGCGUGGCCGAGAUCAUCAUCAGCAGCAGCAGCAUCUUGUGCCCGAUAACAGCGCCACCUAUCGAGCGGAUGGCAAGAACAACCCGCUGAAACACGAUGCCAAAUCGCUGACCGAUGAAAUGGAUCGCAUGCAGGACCUCAAGGGCUGGGCUGCUGCUGGGCCGCUCUACAACAGCCGCAGAUCCACCAAAUUAUUAACCUUAGUCAUCGCUGUUUACGUGGGGGCGUGGCAGGCCUAAUAAUAUGUAGCAAACUUUAAGUGUAAUUUGUACAAAAGCAACAAAAAGAAAAUGAUGUCGUAAUCCUAAGCGAAUAGUUUGUAAGCGAAAAAUGUCACAUGUCGAUUUGGCCACACGGAAAAUGUUAGUUGACAUUUUUAUUUAGUGCUUAAUUUGAAAUUGAAAUAAAUGUAAAAAGUUGUUGUUGUUUAGCGCGUAAGUUGAAAAAGGGUUUUCGAAUGCUGUCCGCACACACGCACACACACAAACACACUCACGCGCACACAAACACACACAGGUUCUGAUAGAUACAACGGAAAUACAAAGUAUUAGCAUGUAAAAUUCGAUGCGAAUCGCAAUUUAAAAAUUACAUGGAAGUCUUUAAGCUUAGCAUUGACUACGGUUUGUGUAUAUGAAAUAGGUACAACAGCUAACGAACCACAACUUAAAACUAAAACUAAAACCGAAACUAAAGCUACAUUUAAAUCUAGGCCAAGUCGAGUGGUCAAACAAAAGUCAACCAACUGUCAAUGAAAUGUUGCUAGAGCCCAUUUUAUUUAAGACUCAUUUAAGCUUCUUUUACGUG